CCACGAUGUCCGCUGCAUUGCCCUCCUCAGUGACCAGUCUCGCGCCUCAUCCAAGGAUCGAAUCCUGUGCAAUGGUACUAAUCAGCUCCUUCUUCGGGCUACCUGUCAUGGUGGACAAUGAACUGCUCGUCAUCGACUGAGUUCCUACGUCACUGCCGGCGAGGGGCCUUGGAGCGUGAAGUCAGUCUUAAGACCUCGCGCGCAUAAGACCUGACCUUCACUGUCUUCUCCUACUCUCUCAAUCCACCUAACCAUAAUCAUCGUCGUUCAUCAUGACCUCCAACCCCCUCGACAGCACGCUGCCCACGACGCCCUCGCACGAGUGGGCGCAGGUGACGGCGGCGGAGCUGGCGCAGCAGCAGGCAAAGGUGGACCAUCAGGCGACGCUGGCGGCGGCGAAGACGACGGGGCCGACGACGGUGUCGACUACUACGACGAGGAGUGUCUCACCACCGGGGUCGCCUGGUCCUGAUAUCCCGGGUGCAUACCCUGGCAGCGAUCCUGAGGACGCGAAGCCGGAGGAGACGCUGGCUGCGGCGGCUACUUAUCUUCCUGCUAGGAAGGAUGUUGAGCAGACGUUGGCAGAUGCCACGAGGGUCGCGAAGCAGUAUCUACCCGAGCAGGUUGCGGGACUGAUUCCUGACCCAGCGGCCACUAAGUACCCAACGCAAGAGGGUACGAAUGAGGCUUUGGGAACGACUGGCGGUGCUGGCGCGCUCCCCGGUGCCCGCGGAGAGGAGGGCGUUGCGAGGCUGCCAGAAGAGCGUACUCGUGCAGACGGCGCACCCGUCCCUACCACAAUCAAUACGGCCGACCGCGCGUUCAACUCUCAGCCGCCCGUGAUCCCCGCGAGCAACACCUGGAGCGCGAGCACGACGUCUCCCAUCGCAUCCACCACUACUGGGGUGCAGAGCACGCUUGGUCAGGCCGCAGACGCGGUUAAGCCUGCCGCCUCCCAGGCGCAGGAGACGCUGGGACAGGCGAAGGAUGCUGCGGUUCCUGCCGUUCAGAGCACCCUUGGCCAGGCGGCUGAUCUUGCGAGGCAGUACCUCCCUGCAUCGGUGGCAAGCUACCUUCCUGGCGCGGUUGUCGCCGACUUGCCUUCGAAGGAGGGUCCGAAUGAGAGGCUUGGGACCACCGACGGCGUCGGCGCCCUUCCGGGCAGCUCGUCUGAGGCCAGCGUUGCAAAGCUACCGGAUGAGCGCUCUGAGGUCAUCCACGCCCCGCACUCGACCAUCCACCACAUCACCCCCAUCGGCAGUCUUGCUGGCGAGGGUCUCGGCGCGUCGAUGAGCGCCGACCUUCAAGGUCGUGAGCACGACAAGCCGCAGGGAGACGACAAGCCGCCCGUGGUGACCACGACGAACGCCAUCUCGCACGCGAAGGAGAACGUUGCGCACCCUACGCCGAGCAACACGGCGAGCUUCGCGCCGGUCCCUGCGGCGGGCAUCGCUCGCGCUGAGCAUCCGGCGGACAAUAUCAGUCUCCAAGCGAACGACGGCUCUGCACCGAGCUCGCCGGGGGCGGGGACGCCGUCUACUACAACUGCUGCUAUGGUCCCCCUGCCCGCUGAUAGCGUGAAGAACGUGCCGGGGACGACGGCGGAUAUGACGAGCACGGGCAAGACGUCGACGCAGGGCUUGAGCGGGUCGCAUCAGCCGGCCCACUCCAUCGGCCGCGACGCGUCUUCCAUCCCGGGCGUGCCUUCCAAAGACAAGCCCUCCGAUGCAUCCUCGAAGCUCGAGCCCCUUCGGCGUGCUGAGGGCGACGCGGCGUCGAACGCGUCCGUAUUGUCGGGCAAGAUGCCUGGCCACUCGCGCAUCCCGCCGCCGGAGCCGCCCGCGAAGGAUGCUCAAUAUGCUGGUGCCGGGUCGGCGUCGGCGCACUCCUCCCAGGACUCGUCGACCUCUACUCAGGACUCGACUAAGGAUUCCGCAUCCCACCCCCACCGCACGAGCGUGCCGCUGACGACCGCCGCGGAGCGCAUGUCCUCAAAGAGCCGUCACGGCGAGGAGCAGCUCGCGGAUAACGGCGCACGCCUUCCCUCAUCCGCGCCGCACGAGGCGGAGAAGGCGAAGGGCUCGACGACGGAGGGGCAUGUGAAGGUGUCGACGAUGGAUAAGAUCAGGGGUGAAGCGAAAAUUAUCUCGGGGAAGUUUUCGAACAAGGAGGAGAAGGUGGAGGAGGGGAGGAAAUUGAUGGGGAAGGUCUAGGUGGUUGGUUGUGGACUUGUGGUCUUAAGUAGUCGACAGGCGCUCAUGAGGGUCAUGCUAUAAGAGAAAGGGUGGAUAUCAGGACUUCCGGCGCAUAUAUUCGCAAUUGCAAUGUAACAACACUUGUAUUUGUAGCUUCACACCGUUUGCAUUCUACUGGUUUGGCUUUGCGUUCGAAUUGAG